GAAAAAACACAUUACUCAUUCAGUCCCUCACACGCAAUUGAAAAGUUUCCCAGGUAUGUACGAGUACACGUACAUGAGCGAAGCGAAUGAGGCGUAUACGAAGCAACAGUUGACUCUGACUGAGUCCCCGACACGAGUGUGGUGCUGUACGACAGUUUGGGUGCAGCCGAGAGCUACGAUGCGAGGCCCAGUCAGUCGAGGCCAGGAGAGCGUUCAAUCGGGAGGUGAGAAAGCCGCUGACGUCGAGCGCACAAGAAAAAAAAAAAAGGAAAAAAAAUAUUUGCAGCCAACAAAAUAAAGUGGUGAGCCAUAAAGAGUGGUGUGUGAAGCAGUGGUCCCGUGCAGGCGAGGCGGACCGGCGUGAGUGGUGGGAGGGUGUGGCAGGAGCCAGGCGGAGGCUGCUCGCUCUACAGGGGUGGCUGGAGAAGUGAAGCCUCCGCCCGCCGCCGCCGCCCUUCCCUCGCUGCCACUGAAGCUGCAGCAGGGGACCCACGCGAACCAGUCCCAAUUGUCUCGAAUCAGUCCCGCUGCUUCAUUCGUCCAAGGAGCUGGUGAUGGCGAGCCGUGAAUGGUGCUCUGAUUACCUUUCUGGAUUGAAUGGCGACCGUCACCGAACUCACCGUGCUGUGGGGACGAUCCAAGCUGCGGGGUGGAGGGCCGCCUGAUGGGCGCGGCCUCCUGCUGGUACUCCUUCGUGGUGGCCAUGGCGAUCGUGUUGUCCUGCUGGCCUCAGGCGGCGUCCUCGGAGCUGUACAGAAAAUCCCACAGCGAUAGCAACGGCGGCAGUAGCUACAAAUAUACUAAUUACCACACCUAUGAUAACUACGGCGUUGGGACCCGUCGAAGUCCAGCCACUCCUGCAACCAACCACCGCAUGAGGGAGAAGAAGCUGCUGGACAUUAUCCUCGGAAACGGAACCUAUGACAGGAAGAUCCGCCCCUCCACCGUGGACGACAAGGGUUCCCAGGAGAUGAACUACACGAAGGUCAUCAUCAACAUCAUGAUUCGUUCCAUCAACAAGAUUGACGACUACCACAUGGAAUACAGCGUACAGAUGACCUUCAGAGAACAAUGGAAGGACGACAGAUUGAAAUACACCAACGAGGGAGGGAAAAUCAAAUACCUUACCCUGACGGAGACGGACAAGAUCUGGAUGCCUGACCUCUUCUUCAAAAACGAGAAGAUCGGCCACUUCCACGACAUCAUCCUGCCCAACACCUACAUCAGGAUUUUCCCGGAGGGCGAGGUGCUCUACAGCAUAAGGAUUUCUCUGACGCUGUCCUGCCCGAUGAAUCUGAAGCUGUACCCGCUCGAUACCCAAGUGUGCGAGCUGCUCAUGGCCUCGUACGGCUGGACCACCGAGGAUCUGGUCUUCAAAUGGGAAGAUAAGGAUCCUAUUCAGGUGAACAAGAACCUUCACCUGCCUCGUUUCACCCUCAAGGAAGUGGUGCCCAAGUAUUGCAACAGUAAGACAAACACAGGUGAGUACAGCUGUCUGAAGGUGAACUUGUUCUUCAAGCGCGAGUUCUCGUACUACCUGAUCCAGUACUACAUCCCGUGCUGCAUGCUGGUGAUCGUGUCCUGGGUGUCCUUCUGGCUGGACCAAUACGCCGUGCCUGCACGAGUGGCCCUGGGCGUCACCACGCUACUCACCAUGUCCACCCAGAACGCGGGCAUCAACCAGUCCCUCCCGCCAGUGUCCUACACCAAGGCUAUCGACAUUUGGACGGGUGUCUGCCUCACCUUCGUGUUCGGCGCGCUGCUGGAGUUCGCACUGGUCAACUACGCGUGCCGCUCAGACCUACAGCGGGAGAAGAUGAACAAGCAGCAGCAGCUUCACCGGCGCCGCUGGGACCCCGAGCUGCUGCAGGGGACGAGGGCUGAGGGGGGAGUGUGCGGCCCCUUGCCAUCCGCGCCCCCACCUCCCCCUCUGGAUGAUCUCCUCCACCACCCGUCCUCCUCGUCCUCCCCUUCUCAUCACCACAGUCGUCACCUCCACCACCACCACUACUAUUCGGGCAGGCGUGGCUCUCCUGAAGACGAGUACCACAGCUUUGUGAGAGAAAGGAUGGAAAACGGCGUCCCUACUUUCGCCAUGAGGCCGCUUGUAGGGUCGUUCCGUGAAGGGGGCGCGGCUCCCGGGGCCUGUGAAGUGCACCUGGCGCGUUCCCCCGGCCGCUCCUCCACUGGGAACUGCAUCAAGUUGUGGCUAUCAAAGUUCCCGACACGCAGCAAGCGAAUCGACGUGAUCGCGCGGAUCACCUUCCCUCUUGUUUUCGCGCUGUUCAACAUGGCUUACUGGAGCGCUUACUUGCCGGAGGAGAAGAAGCAGGUGUAGGGCGCUCUCUCUCUCUCUCUCUCUCUCUCUCUCUCUCUCUCUCUCUCUCUCUCUCUCUCUCUCUCUCUCUCUCUCUCUCUCUCUCUCUCUUUCUGUGUAUUGAUGUUCCAAUUUGUAAGAUCUGUGUUUCCCUCCCUGUUUUCCUCUCCAUUCCUUCCUCCUCCUCCCCUUGUGCCAUGAAGGACAUUGUAGAUAAAGCAGAAAUGUUGCACAUAACACAGAGCAAACUAUAUUUGUAAUGUUACUGUUUUAAUCCAUCUAAGUGGUUAAUAUGUGUGAAAAUCCGGCCUGCAUGUUAUAACCACCAGGUGUUUUCAAAUAUGAUUAGGUUAUUGAUAGUCACUAGGGUUUUAGUGUACACAAUUAUGAUUUAUUCAUUUAUUCGUUUGAAAGAAAGGACAAGCGUUAUGAUGCAGUGAGAAGUGGCGGAGUCGCGUGAUGGCUGGAGCGACAAUCAGAGGCUGGCAGAUCCCGCACUCAAGGAAGAGUAAGUCUCCCAGCUGAGCCAGGAAGUGCACCGCGCGUCACCACGGUCAUCUUGGCAACACUCUAGGAAAAUUUAUCUUAUGCCACAGAACCGCUUUAACGAACUAUAAACACCCGAAAAAAAAAAGUGUAUUAUAAACGUUUAUAGUACUGACACGUGUGUGAAAGGAAAAUCUUAUUCUUUUCACCAAGUUUGCUCUGAUCUCAGAAAAACACGACAGUAAUCCACUUUAAGGAAACUGAUUUUUUUUUAUUUCGAUACAGUCACAAAAAGAAAAUAUAUGGACUGAAUUUCGAUGCCGUGUGGUAAACCAUUCUUGAUAAUUUCAUUUUUAUUUUUAUAACAAAGAGUGUCUUUUGUCUGAUUGCAUUAUAUUAUUUCUUGUAUAUCGUUUACCUUCUCGGUGUUAAUGCCACCCCGGCUGUGCGGAGAAAAAAAAAAUCGUUGCACUUUUCACGUAUACUAAUCAAAACGCUUUCAUUAUGAAAUUCUUAGUAAUACUAUAUUUGUGGAUUUAUGAUUUUUUUUUUUUUUUUACGUGAGAAGAAGCCACAUGAAUAAAGUGAAGACGUAAACAUGUUGCGGUGGGACAGCCUGCAGCAGGAAUGCACCAGGUUAGGUUUCUAUAUGAACUGCUGUGUAUGGUGUAUGGCAGGCUUGGUGCUGUUUUUCCUGCAAUUAUUUCCCUAAGCCUACAGCAAAUGCUGGAGCUCACUACCUGGUGCUUUGAGAUUCCAACUCCUACGACGCAGACUGAUGCCUGUCACUUGGUGCGCCUCACCCAGGCAGUCUGUCGGCAAGGAAGAGCUACCCACCUCACCUGAUUUAUUCAAAUACAACUCAAAAUUUCGUAUGUGCAAGUUGCCGUUUCUUCAUAGACUCGCACAGAAAGUAAGGGAGCCGCAGACUGUACCUUGCUGACAGGAAUGUAAGGUGUGUGUGUGUGUGUGUGUGUGUGUGUGUG